UUUUGUAAACUAAAAUGGUAUGCGAAAAGUGUGAAAAGAAACUCGGAAAAGUGAUUACUCCAGAUCCCUGGAAAGCCGGUGCUCGAAAUACAGUCGAGUCUGGUGGUAGAAAAGUAGGAGAGAACAAAGCAUUGACUGCUAAAAAGGGUCGUUUUAACCCUUACACCUCAAAGUUCCAAGAAUGCAAAAUAUGCAGAACAAAAGUACACCAAGUCGGUUCACAUUACUGCCAAGCAUGUGCUUAUAAGAAAGGCAUCUGUGCAAUGUGUGGCAAGAAAAUAUUGGACACGAAAAAUUAUCGACAGAGUUCUACAUAGUUUUUUAAAUUUUAUUUGAUAUAAUAGACUAUUUUAUUUUUUAUUGAAAUAACUUUACUGAUCAAAUGAAACAGUACAAAAGAUGAACUUAACUAGAUGAAUUUUCUAAAUACUUUUGGAAUGAAUAGUAAGUCAUGAAUGUGGUACUU